AUGAGCAAGGGGAGACCUCAACAAGUGGAUAUACCAAUCAAGGAAGAAGUCCACAAAGAAGAGGAGGAUUUCAGCAAUUCCAAGGAAGAGGUUCUUGGAAUACAAGAUUUAGAGGAAGAGGUGGUAGAAACACCACCAGAGGAGAAAAGAAGACACCCCAAGUGCACGUACAUCAAUCAUAGAAACAAAGAGAAACCUUUUGUUAACUUCAAUACUUGCUUACCACAGAUAGAUAAUAGUCCUUCCCCAGUUCUAGAACAGGAUAUACAGGUUUUUGAUGAAAAUAGAGCAUUUUCAGACAUGACACUAGAGAAUCAAGACCAGAACAAGAAGUCUUUUCUGCGAAAACUUAUCUUGCAGAAGGAGGUAAGAGGGAGGAAGGCAGAGGAAGUUUCGUUUGAUUCAUCUGAUAUGUAAAUGAAUCACUUGCGAUCAUUGUUUCUCUCUUGAAUUGUGUUAAGGAACCUCUCUUUUUCAGUUUUUUUUG